AUGGCUGUGGAAAACUCCAUAAACUUUGCUCUCCGGCUAAUCAAGCCCGUCCUUCAAGGCAAAGCGAUGGCUGUGGAUGUCAACCCUGAUGCGGAGAAACAGUACAUUGAUCAGAUUCAGACAGACCUCCAACAAACCGUGUGGCUUUCCGGCGGAUGUUCCAACUGGUAUAACAGGGCUCAGGAUGGAUCAAUAUAUAAUGGCAUGUCGUAUCCCUACUCACAGCCCUACUUCUGGUACCAAUGCUUGUUUCCAGUAUAUAAGGACUUUAAAUACGAUGUAACCUCCGAAGAGCAAGAGGCCAUCCCGCGGAAAGGGUUGGGGGGAAGUGAUCCGAUAUUCGGUCUUGGUUGCUGCCUCCCUAUCGGGGUUGAGUUUGGUGGUGUCUGGGACGAAGAGUGGCUGGGACUUGACAAGAUCUGUGGAAUUUCUGAAAGCCCAGGCGAGCGUGCUACAAAAUGGUCUCGUGGAGUACAUCAGACUAUGACUUUAGAAACAACAAGGAAAAAGGAAGAAGAAGCACACUUGGUAUACGUACCUAGGUGCUGCUUGCCUGGGAAACUACUUACCUACUCGAGAUUGAACCAAGUACUGCACAAUAUCAUCAAAUUAAACAAAGACCUCUCUACGCUGCUUGUGCAACCACUCUGUAUUGGCCGUCGCAUCGCCACACGGGCUCACAUUACUGUCAGCUUGUAA